AUGUUUUCUGACUUGCCUGACUUAAAUUACAGCUUUAAUGUGAGUGACGAGGACUCAUUUCUGGACCACUGGAACGCAACUACCCAUACACUUCCCCGAGCGGGAUUCAUCGUCAUUUCAGUGAUACUGGGGUUUAUCAUGACCUUUGGGUUCAUCAACAACUUUGUAGUGUUGAUCCUUUUCUGCAAGUUCAAGACACUGCGGACUCCAGUGAAUAUGCUUCUCCUGAAUAUCAGUGUUAGUGACAUGAUGGUUUGCCUAUGCGGGACUACCCUCAGCUUUGCGUCCAGUAUCAGAGGAAGGUGGUUUCUCGGGAAACACGGCUGUAGUUGGUAUGGCUUCAUCAACUCGUGUUUCGGAAUUGUGUCUUUGAUAUCGCUGGUGGUGCUCUCCUACGACCGGUACAGCACGUUAACGGUCUACCACAAACGAGGGCCCAACUACCGCCGACCGCUGCUGGCCAUCGGUGGGAUCUGGCUCUACUCGCUCUUCUGGACCGUGAUGCCUUUACUCGGCUGGAGCAGCUACGGUCUCGAGGGGGCAGGGACCAGCUGUUCUGUGACGUGGACGCUGCGCACGUCCGCCUCGCAUUCCUACAUCAUUUGCCUCUUCAUCUUCUGUUUCGGGCUGCCCGUGCUGAUCAUGGUUUACUGCUACAGCAGGCUGCUGCUCGCUGUCAAGCAGGUGGGGAAAAUCCGACGGACCGCGGCCAGAAAGCGGGAGUACCACGUGCUCUUCAUGGUGCUCACCACGGUGGUGUGCUUCCUGCUGUGCUGGACGCCCUACGGAGUGGUGGCCAUGAUGGCCACGUUCGGGCAGCCCGGCCUCAUCACACCCGUCGCUAGUGUGGUGCCCUCGCUCCUGGCCAAGAGCAGCACUGUCAUCAACCCUCUGAUCUACAUACUCAUGAACAAGCAGUUCAAAAGGUGUUUCCUGAUCAUGAUCGGCUGCCUGCGGAGGCAGGCGGAGAACGGCCAGUCGUCCAUGCCCUCCAAGACCACGGCCAUCCACCUCAACCGCCGCAUCUACAGCAAGACGGCGCCCCAGCUCUCCGUCCACCGGCCGUCCACCAGCCUGCCCAACCACUGCUGCAGCACGCCGGCCACGGAGAGGAGCCACUCGCACAUCAGCGCCUCCUGAGUGCCCGCGGCGCCAUUACAUGUCAAAAGGGGGAUUUUUACCGUUGACUGUCGACAAGACUGGAAGCUAUACAAAAAAAAUAAAAAAGGCUUACGAACUCGCCGGCUCAUUCCAUGGAUGGAGAGUGAACACUGGUUCGUGAACGUCAAACACGACAUUUACAAGUCACUCGCUCUCCACUGAACCAAGCUUUUUUUUGCUGCUGAAAACAGAUCAAAUCCUGCUUCUCGCCGAAUCAGAACUCGUGCAGCGUUCCGUGACUGCGCUCAUAAAGGCAGCGGCUCAUUAUUUUGUCAUCUCAACUUGGAAGACUAAGGGGUUGUGAUGUGGUUUUGGUUGGCUGCAGGCGUUCAACUAGAAUAAUACACAAUGGGGGGGACACUGUGUCUCAACUGGCUACAGUGCCCGUACCUAGGGUUGGGUACCGAA